UAUCGUUAACUGACAAUGGGAAACAUAGUUGGAAAGAGUGGAUCCCAAAAGGUUUGGAUGCCAGAAACACAACUUGAGGCCAAAAUGGUCGAAGCUAUGAAGCAGAGAGCAUCUGCAGGAAGUGCCACGAAAUCAUUCAACAGCAUAAUCUUGAAAUUCCCAAAAAUUGAUGAGAGCUUGAGAAACUGCAAAGUAAUUUUUGAGCAAUUUGAUGAGGAUUCAAAUGGUGCAAUAGAUCAUGAUGAGUUGAAAAAAUGUUUCCAUAAGCUGGAAAUUUCAUUUACAGAGAAGGAAAUCAAUGAUCUCUUUGAGGCGUGCGAUAUUAAUGAGGAUAUGGGUAUGAAGUUCAAUGAGUUCAUUGUACUUCUCUGCCUUGUCUAUCUUUUCAAAGAUGACCCGACUGCCCUUCUUGCUAAAUCACGCAUGGGGAUGCCUGAUCUGGAGGCCACAUUUGAAACAUUGGUAGAUGCAUUUGUCUUCUUGGACAGGAACAAAGAUGGUUAUGUCAGCAAGAGUGAGAUGGUAGAAGCCAUAAAUGAAACUACAUCAGGAGAACGUUCUUCUGGACAAAUAGCCAUGAAAAGAUUUGAAGAGAUGGAUUGGGAUAAAAAUGGAAUGGUGAACUUCAAAGAAUUUCUUUUUGCGUUCACCCGUUGGGUUGGAAUUGAUGAUAUUGAGGAUGAAGAAGGUGAGGAGAAGAUCUGAAUUGAUAUAUUUGAGCCUCUCCAGCAUCUGUGCUUAUGAUGAAUGGUACUAAAGCUUCUCUAGCUGUUUAAGUUCAUUUGAAUUUUCUUUUCUCAAUAAUAGUCAUGCCAAUUUAAAGAUGUAUUACCGGAACUUACAUUUCUUAAAUUUUGCAUUGUAUAUGGUCAAGAUAUAGAACCAGUGCAACUGUUUUCUGCUCUGGAUGAAUUUAAAUGUUGAGAAGCAGUCAUGCA